AUGCGCCAGAGCCAAUCAGAUGACUUCCCCGCUCUAAUGACAGUAUUAGCUGGCCGAGCUCUCGACAGUGAAGACCUUAGGAUACUGGAUUCCACCUAUUCAGAAGAAUCAGAGAAAAUUGCGCGAUAUCUGACUACCCUGACGAAACCAUUAGGCAUGGAUGAAAAAGAAUACGCCAAAUUCUGCAGAAAAGCAACCAAAUAUGUUGUGGAAGCAGAUCAACUUUUUAGGCGAGCAGGAUCUGGAGUACCCCUAAGGCGUGUUGUGGACGACUUGGAACAACGCAGACAAAUCCUACACAUGAUGCAUGAUGAAUUUGGCCAUAAAGGGCGAGAAGGAACUUACUCCACCUUACAAGCUCGAUACUGGUGGCCAGGGAUGUAUAAAGAUGUGUCAGCCUAUGUGAAACACUGUUCCCAAUGUCAACUAAGAGAUUCGCAAAGGUUAAGUGAAGAGGUUCAUCCUACCUGGGCUCCUAUCUGUUGGGAGAAAGUUGGGGUGGAUAUCAAGCACAUGCCUUCUUUUCCAUCCAUGCCCAAUGGUUUCGUCAGGGUAGUCAGAUAUCGUGCAAUCUUCUCUGAUUCUUCUGAAUAG